UCCAGGACUGUGAACACUGUUCAUCUCUGAUGCUGCUUUUUGUUAAGACCUAAAUCUGUUUACAUUAACUGAUCGGUUUUAGUUUAUUUUUUCGUAUAUCUGUAAUUAUCAAAAAUGAGCUCUGAGGUUUUAGUUCCUCGGCCACACUAUGACAGCAGAGCUGUGGCUUUGGGGGUUCCAGAGAAGGAUCCACCUGUAGAGAUCCCACAGCCGUCCUCGGGCUCAGCCACCGCGGGGUACCGCUCCGCUAAAUACACCCCGGCUGAGUGGUUCUCCAACUACCACACCAUCCUCCAACAGGCUGGUACCGACCGCUACCAGGCCCGGAGCAUCCAGCGAGAGUCCAAAACUCUGUCCCAGGACACCGAGGCAGCCACUUUGCAGACCCAGGCCGAGGGAACGCGUCUAUUGGGAGAGAGACUACAAGAGAUCCACUACUGGAAGUCAGAGCUGCAGCGGCACAUCGAUCAGCUGCUGGCCGACACCGAGUCACUACUGGGGCUGAAGAGGCGGCUGGAGAAAGCGCUGGACGCCACUGAGACUCCGUAUGCCAUCGCCACCGACAAUCUGAACUGCAGGACAAGAAGACUGGGACCAGACCUGGUCAAAGACUCUGUGGAGGAGGAGCUGUUAAAGGAAGUGGACCUGAUCAGGAGCGUGCAGGCUCUUCUCAAGAGAACUACAGCUCAGGUUGUCACUCAGAUCAAGUUGAACAGAGAGUCCAAGCAGACGUUAGAGUUGGACUGGUCUGAUAAAUACCAGGCCUACAACUUUGACGACCACUGUGGAAGAUACAGUAACAUGAGUCCAGAUACUCAGCGUCACCCCAGCUCAGCUGCCAUGCAGGAUCAGGUGUGUAACCCCACAUCGUGGACAAAGUUUACACAGGACAACCUGAGCAAGGCUUUGCAGGAGGAACAGGCCACCCACAGUCUCAGGCUGCUGGUGGAGCGAGUGCUGCAGGACACCACUGAGGAUCUAAGAGUCCAGUGCUCCCGUGUGGACCGAGCCUUCAGCCAGCGCUGUGAGGAGCUGAUAGAGGCCAAGACCCAGCUGGAGAUGAAGCUUGCACAGGUCUUGGAGCAGAUUGGGACCCAGGAGAGGAACGUUGUGGCUCUACAGCAGGCCAUCCACAACAAAGAGGCACCGCUGAGAGUAGCUCAGUCCAGACUUUACCUUCGCUCCCUCAGACCCAACAUGGAGCUCUGCAGGGAUGAGCCCCAGCUCAGUUUGGAGGGGGAGGUGAGGCAGAUUGAUGCCACUCUGGCAUCUCUGCACCAGCAGCUGAGCGAGGCCAGGGGGUCCCUGUCCCACCUGGAGGAGUCGCGCAUGACCCUCGAAAAGGACAUAAACUGUAAAACCCACUCUCUGUUAAUUGAGAGAGACAAGUGCAUGACUCAUCGUAAACGAUACCCAACCAUCUCAAUGCUGUCAGGAUACUGAAGAAGGUGACUCUAAGUGUUAGUUGACACUCUUGAAUUACUUUAUUGUUUACUUUGUUGUGCUGUGUUGUUAGCAUCAAUAAAAUACUCCUUGAUUAAGAAAACCUGAAAACUCAAUAGCAUAGCACAUAUUCUGAUUCAGUUUUGAUGGGUAUAGGUAGAAAAUUUCUUCUGUCGAGUUAAAAAAAAAACAUAAACAUGUCAUAUGAGAUUGCUAUGUGUGGUGUUGAAUCAAUGCUCAUUAUGUUCUAUAUUCUGUCAUUUUCUUUAUUCAUUAAUAUUUACAAAAAGUUCAUAUAUACUGCUCGUAAACAGUUAGUAAUGAAUGUAAUAGCAUAAAAGUAAUGAAUUUAAAUGCAAAUGAUCACAAUGUCCAACAGAAAGUUUGAAGGUUGGAUUACAGUUGUACAAGAAUAUGGUCAUAUGUUACUGGAAAUAAUGCAAACCAGAUUAUUAUGACCAUAAUUUUGUACAAAAGUACCCCAAAAUGCAAAGUUUGACCACAGUCAUGUAUGUGGAGUAUGCUCUUCAGUUGUUAUUGAUAUUGUUAUAAUUGGUAACAAGUUGCAAAAUGCUCUGCUGCUUAGAGGAACUGUUCCUUGAGUCGUGUAGAAUUAUAAAAUAAAUCUAAAAAGACAAGAAUGAACAAAAUAUUUAAACAGGUUCAGUUAAUAUAGUGAUAUGUCAGAGGAUCAGUUAUAGCACCACCAUCUGGUCAAAAUGUCCCCUUGGUGUAAAGGUCACUUGAAAAUUAAAUUUACUACAAAUGUUCAUUGAAACUAGAGAAUUAAAUUUAAUGUUUUUCUUGUACUCCACUUUUACUGUCUGCUUUGGUAACAAUGCCAAAAUGCCAUCAAAUUUACUAAGUGUGUUUAAUCAACCCAUUCCACUCUGGACACUCUUUAUGUUAUGAAGCGCCUUGGCGCUGAAAAAGGGAGGACUCAAAGAUGCGGAUUCACCAGGGCGUUUAUUGUCCAAAGAAAACAAGGAGCCAAAAGGGCUGGGGAAGAACACAAAGAGGCCGCCAAAAGAGCGGUGGGUCUGGCAGGGUCUGGGUCCGUGACCAGAGCGGGGCCCGGGGAAUAGCGCAGGUAGAAGACAGGCGAGGGAAGCCGGGAGGACGGGCUGGAGCUCGAGAGCCAGGACGACCAGGCAGGGACCAGGGGAACAGGAGGAACGACACAGGAGAGACCACGUGAGCGACCUGGAGCACUGGGAGAGCACACAAGAGAGACAGGGCGAAGAAACAGCCAGGGACCCAAGGGAGGCACAGGGAGCGGGGCAAACCAGAAAUAAAGUCCAAGGCUAUGUGAGACCAGGGUCUGGAGGGCACGGGCAGGGGGCGCAGGAGUCCAGCAGGUGGGCGGUGUGGGUGUGGGUCUUUCCCCGGACACAGACCGAGCAAGGUGCCACGAAACGCUGGGCAUCCUCUUCUAUAGUGGGCCACCAGAAGAACCGCCGAAGGAGAUGCAGGGUCGGGGAGAGUCCGGGGUGGCAGGACCAGCGGGAGGAGUGAGCCCACUGGAGGACAGCGGAACGGGCUCCCUGGGGAACAAAAGCACGGUUAGGGGGACCGUUACCUGGGUCAGGGUCCGUGCGGAGUCCCUCCUGGAUUUGGUUCUGGAGUUCCCAGGUAACGGCCCCGAGCCCCCGGAAGGGCGACACGAUGGUGGCUGGAGAGGGCGUAUCUUCGUCGGGAGAGUGCUGGCGGGACAGCGCAUCAGGCUUAGCGUUGCGGGUUCCUGGUCUGAAAGUCAAUGUGAAAUUAAAACGGGUGAAAAACAGCUGCCAGCGUGCCUGGCGGGAGUUGAGCCGCUUGGCGGACUGGAUGUAGGAGAGAUUUUUGUGGUCUGUCCACACUACGAAUGGCUGUUCCGCCCCCUCCAGCCAGUGUCACCACUCCUCCAGUGCCAGCUUCACCGCCAGGAGCUCUCUGUUCCCCACAUCAUAGUUCCGCUCUGCCGGGGACAGUCGGCGGGAGAAGAAGGCGCAGGGGUGGAGUUUGCCGUGCUCCUCGGCUCGCUGGGACAGGACGGCCCCCACCCCGGAGUCUGAGGCGUCUAACUGUCUAGAGGGAUCAGGUUGGGUCAGGAUAGGGGCGGUGGAAAAUAGAGUUUUUAGUUUAAUGAACGCCGCCUCGGCCGGGGGAGUCCAGUGAAAGGGCUUAGCAGGAGAGGUGAGCUGGGUGAGCGGGGAGGCGAGCUGGCUAUAGUUCCGGAUAAACCUCCGGUAAAAGUUAGCGAAGUUAGCCAGGAACUGUUGGAGCUUGCGCCGGGUGGAGGGGCGGGGCCACGCCACCACCGUCUUAACCUUCUCGGGGUCGGCCAGGAUUUGUCCUGGCCCCACACAGAACCCCAGGAAGCUGACGGUGGUGGAGUGGAAGAGGCACUUCUCAGCUUUUACAUACAGCUGAUUCUCCAGGAGUUGCUGGAGGACAGAGCGGACAUGGACCUGGUGGGCUUCAAGGGUGGGGGGAAAACACGAGGAUAUCGUCAAGGUACACGAAGACGAAGUGAUUGAGGAAGUCCCGGAGGACGUCAUUAAUCAGGUGCUGGAACACCGCGGGCGCAUUGGUUAAGCCGAAGGGCAUCACGAGGUACUCGAAGUGACCGAGGGGGGUAUUAAACCCCGUUUUCCACUCGUCCCCUUCCCGAAUUCGGACCAGAUGGUAUGCGUUGCGCAGGUCUAGUUUAGUAAAAUAUCGAGCUCCUUGGAGGAGCUCGAAGGCCGAAUUCAGGAGGGGGAGCGGAUACUUAUUGCGCACGGUGAUGCGGUUCAAACCCCGGUAGUCUAUGCAUGGCCGAAGAGCUUCUUCCCCACGAAGAAGAACCCGGCCCCCAGAGGGGAAGAAGAGGGCCGGAUGAGACCCGCGGCGAGAGACUCUCGGAUAUACUGCUCCAUUGACUCCCUCUCGGGCCGCGACAAGCUGUACAGCUUGCUGGAGGGGAAUGACGCGCCCGGGAGGAGGUCAAUGGAGCAAUCGUACGUACGUAAUAGUGAGGGGCAGGACCAACCGGAAUUUAUUCUUGCUAAUAGUAUUGCUCACCACUAACCUCGGCACUAGGGGUGAGCCUGGCCCUUUUGGGCGGACCGGGCAGGCAGACAUGAAAUGACCAGGGGCACCACAGUAAAUACAUCGACCUUCCCUGACCCGUGACUCUCUCUCCUCCGGGGUGAGGCGCGCCCUGCCCAGCUGCAUGGGCUCACAGGGGUCGGGGGAUGAUCCACGCUCCCCGCCAGUUUGCAGUUGAGGCCUGGCAUCACAGGGAGAAACCACAUCUAUUCUGAUGUCCAUGAAUGAUAGACUUCACACAUUAAUGAAAAGAUUUUACCCCAAAUCUUAGAUUUAAUGACUAAAGUUUAUCUUAACUGAUCACUUUCUCUUUGCUUUACGCCGAGGAGGGGGGCCGGUGGAGCCGGCCGGCUGCUGGAGGUGGCGUGCUUCUCCCUCCGCCUCUCCCGAAGGCGGUUGUCCAGGCGCACCGCGAGGGAUACGAGAGCGUCCAGCGUCGGCGGUUCGUCCCGGGCGGCGAGCUCAUCCUUGAGCCGCUCGGCGAGUCCCCGGAUAAAGAUGCCCCGAAGGGCGGGUUCGUCCGACCCGGUCUCUGCAGCCAGGAUCCGGAACUCCACCGCGUAGUCUGCCACCGACCGGGGGAGAGGGGAGGAGGCGCUGGGCAACAUUGCCAGCGUGAUCGGGCAAGUCGAACACCGCUCGGAACAGAGUCAGGAAGUCGUUGAGGGAGCGAGUGCUCCAGGGUCUCUAGGAGCCCUCGGCCUCUGCCCAGGCGAGGGCGCGUCCCUGUAGCAGCCCGACCACAUAGCUGAUCUUUUUGUGCUCGGUGUCAUAACACAGCGGCUUGAGGGCGAAGACGUUUUGGCACUGGAGCAGGAAGCCUCGACAAUUUCCCAGGGUGCCGUCGUAGACCUCGGGGUGAGGUAGGCGGGGUUCAGGGGAGCGUGGAGCAGUGGCCACGGCCGAGGGAACCGCCGCGGCAGCGGACAGCUCGUUGAGCUUCGUGUGGAGGUGUUGGUUCUCAGCCUGCAGCAGGGAGAGGGCCUGCUCAUGCUGGCGGAGACGAGCGCUCUGCCGCCGGAUGAAGUCUCUCAGGUCCACCCCGGUGAGAUUGUCCGCUGAGUCCAUUCUGUGACCAGUUCUUCUGUUAUGAAGCGCCUAGCGCUGAAAAGGGGAGGACUCAAAGAUGCGGAUUCACCAGGGCGUUUAUUGUCCAAAGAAAACAAGGAGCCAAAAGGGCUGGGGAAGAACACAAAGAGGCCGCCAAAAGAGCGGUGGGUCUGGCAGGGUCUGGGUCCGUGACCAGAGCGGGGUCCGGGGAAUGGUGCAGGUAGAAGGCAGGCGAGGGAGGCCGGGAGGACGGGCUGGAGCUCGAGAGCCAGGACGACCAGGCAGGGACCAGGGGAACAGGAGGAACGACACAGGAGAGACCACGUGAGCGACCUGGAGCACAGGGAGAGCACACAGGAGAGACAGGGCGAGGAAACAGCCAGGGACCCAAGGGAGGCACAGCGGUGUGGAAACACGCUAGGGACGAGGAACGGGGGAGCAGCAGGAGGAGUUAGUACAGCCUGGAGCAUAUGGCAUGAUCAGUGGUGAACUGCAAUGAAGAACUGGCGAGGAAGGGAAAACAGAGGGCAGGUUAAAUAGGGAGAGUGAUGAGGGGAAAGUGGAGACAGGUUUGGAAGGCUGCGCAGGUGUGCCUGGUCGUCGCUACACAGAGAACUCAACCUCCGGCUCUGCCUCCCAGCCUGCGGCAAACGAGAAAAGAACACAAAACAGAAAAUAAUCCCUGAACCCACCCCGAUGCGGCCCCAGCUGCCGCAUCAUGACACUUUACUCUGGUGCCACCAACAUCAUAUUCAUCAACAUAUUCAUUCACAUGUUUAUAUAUUAAUGAUGAACAUUACAGUCUAUAUGAACCCUAUAAGAGUUUUUCACAUGUUAAUGUUGACUCCAGCUUCUGGAACAAUACAAACUGAAUCAUA